CGCUUGGCCAUCAUAGGAUCCGGCCCUUCCGCCUUCUAUUCAGCAGCUCGCCUCCUCUCCUCGCCCACGCUAACAUCCGAAGAUCCUUCCAGCCUUACAAUUCAGAUGUUCGAGCGUUUACCCGUACCCAACGGACUUGUACGCUGGGGAGUGGCACCGGAUCAUCUUGACGUGAAGAACGUAGAGCACAAGUUUGCCGAAGUAGCCAAGGAUCCGCGCUUUCGCUUUUGCGGCAAUGUCAAUGUGGUUCAAGGCACCGAGGCCGCUGCUGCAGACGGACAGAGGCGGACAGGGUACCAGUAUCCACAUGCAAUACAGCUACCACUUGAUACUCUGGCGCGCCACUACACCCACGUCCUCUUCUCCUACGGUUGCUCUUCCUCGCGGCCACUCGGCAUCCCAGGCUCAUCGCAAGGAGAGCUGGCCAACGUCCAUUCCGCGCUAGACUUUGUCAAUUGGUACAACGGCCACCCUGCUGCCCACGACGAGGAGCUGCUGAGUCGGGAGCCUUGGCGGAGAGUGGAACUUACCGGAGGCAAAAGUCAGAUGGAUGUGAUAGGCGCGGGAAAUGUAGCCCUCGACGUGGCCCGCAUCGUAUUACGUGCCUCUGCUGGCUCUCUAUUAGCUGCAUCGGGAUCCUCAUCCUCUUCGAGCGGCCGCAGAGCAAAGGAGGCUUUGGAGACGAGUGACGUACCAGAGGCCGUGCUACAGCAUCUCUCUGAAUCUCGUAUCAAUCAUGUGGAUAUCUCCGCCAGGAGAGGUCCAGCUCAGGCUGCCUUUACCAACAAGGAGCUGCGGGAGAUGCUCGCUCUGCCAGGCGUCGGAUUCGAACCGGUAGACAGUAAGCUGCUGCAAAGGGCAGAAGCUCAAGUUGCCCAACAAGAGGAGGAGAGCCGGACAGCAGCUCAAGCCGGCAAUAUAGAUCCAGACGCAGCGGCGCACAGCGCUGGGGAAGCGAGAGUGAGGAAGAGGCUGCUGAGCCUUCUGGCAAAGGGAAGCAAGACGAGCUCGAAAGAGGCCGAUCGAAACUGGAGACUCAACUUCUACCGAGCUCCCGCCGCUUUCCUCGGUGCACAAUCGUCUUCCAGUGAACAGCUCGAAUCUCUGAAGGCUAUCCAGUGGACCUCCACGUCCUACCCUUCGACGCCCGUCGCAGAGUCAGAAGCGUCCAAAGCUACGUCCGGUCCGGCAGCGCCAUGGGGCAACGAGCCUGCGCCCACAUCGUCGGAAGGAGUAGCUACUCUACCUACAGACUCCACUUCCUCGACACCCGACAGUACACCUCGGGUGCCAGGCUCGGCCUUUGAGACGAAGAGUGAUCUGGUGGUAUCCAGCGUGGGCUACAGAGGUACACCACUGACGGGAAACAACGCAAGCACGAGCAGCACAAGCAGCGGACAUUCCUCAAGCCUGCUUCCCUGGGACAACAAGCGAGGCGUGGUCCCUAAUCUUGACGGGCGAGUGGUCAGCGAGCAAGGAGAGGUCUUGCCCAAUAUCUACGUCUCUGGCUGGCUGGCUCGCGGACCGGUAGGGGUCAUCGCCUCGACCAUGCACGAUGCCUACUCGGUCGCAGAUACGAUCCUAGCCGAUCAUCUGGCUUCCUCUUCUGCUUCU